AUUCAGCCCAUUUACUAGCAUUAUCGGUUCAAACGGCGGUGGUAAAUCAAACCUCAUGGAUGCUAUUUCUUUCGUUCUGGGCGUGAAAUCUGCUCAUCUUCGCGGUUCGAACAUUAGAGACCUUAUCUACCGCGGCAGGAGAGUCGGAUUAGAAAAUGACGCUCCUAUAGAGCAAACCCAGGAAGGUGAUCAUGACUACUACUCAGCUCAGAAAGCCUCCGUUUUGGCUCUUUACAAGAACGCUUCUGGACGCCAGUUUAGGUUUGAGAGAACCAUUACACUCUCGGGCUCUUCUGAAUACAGAUUAGACGGUAAAGCGAUAACAUUCGCGGAUUAUAACAAAGCACUUGCAAAUGAGAACAUUCUUGUCAAAACCAAGAACUUCCUCGUUUUUCAGGGAGAUGUCGAAGCUGUCGCUACUCAGUCGCCAUCACAACUUUCCAAGCUUAUUGAUCAGAUAUCAGGAUCGAUAGAGCACAAAGAGCGUUAUGAUGAGACAAAAAACGCCCAAGAGCGAGCGAAUGAUACUUCCGUAGGACAAGGUUUGAAAAGACGCGUUCUAAAUGGUGAAAUCAAACAAUUUAAAGAGCAAACAAGUGAAUUGAAGCGUUUUGAAGACAUGAAGGACAGAAAGGAAAACAUGAUUAUGCGCUUAUUAUUGAUGAAGUUAUACCACAUAGAGACCCAGAUUCAGUCAAAUACCGAAGCUAUCUCAUCAAAGAGAGAGUUUUUACAGCAACUAAGUGAAGAUCAGGAUAACGCCAAACGGGAGUUAAAAAAGGCUACAAAGGCAAAGGCAGAGAGUCACAACAAUACUAUCAAGACCGAAAAUGCAAUAAAAUCAAGUCAACGUGAGAUAGAUGAAAAGGCACCUGCUAUUGUUACCCUCGAUGCCCGUAUCAACCACGCUCAAAUCAAGCUUAAAACUUCAGAAGGGAAUGCUGUACGUCUCCAAGCUGAGGUGUCUGAGUUAGAAGAGCGUGUCGAUAGAUACAAGAAGGAUGUUGAAAAGAUUGAAAAGGCCGCUGAGCGUGCACAAUCUGAAGCCAGGAAGCUUACUGAGUCGCGUGGCGUCAAGCUGUCAGACGAAGAUCUCGAUGAAUAUCGUCAACUUAAAACAGUAGCUAUUUCACUUGUUCCAGAUGCACGUAAAGAGCUUGAAAAGUUGAAACGUGAAGAGAAGACAUCCAAAUCGACCUUAAACGCCUCAAGAUCACGUCUCACUGAGGCAGAAGCAAAGCAUGAGAAGCUGCAGCUCGAUGAACGUAGAGCUAUUGCCAACGUCGAAGACACAAAAGAUGCUUUCCAAGCUGCUGAGAGAGGUCUUCAGGAUUCCAGACAGAAACACGACAAUAUGCUUACAACACGGAACAAGAUAAAUCAACUCGAAGCUGAAAAGAAUGAGAAACUUCAAGCUCUACUCGGUCAAUUAUCAAGCGCCAGUCAUGAUAUCCGUCAGACGGAGCGUGACAACAAGUUCAAAGAUGUUUUGAUGACGCUAAAGAGAAUGUUUCCGGGUGUUAGAGGCAAACUGGUCGAUUUGUGUCAGCCAACACAGUCAAAAUACUCGACAGCUGUAGUUACAGCUUUGGGACGAAACGUUGAAUCAAUCGUUGUCGAUGAUGAAGCAACGGCUAUACAAUGUAUCGAUUAUAUGAAGGCACAAAGAGUAGGAAGUGCAACCUACUUACCACUUGAUUCUUUACAAGUUAAGCCAAUUCAAGAACGUUUGAGGACAAUUUCAUCAGGUGCGAGGUUAACAGUUGAUGUCUUAAAAUAUGACAGUAUCUAUGAGAAAGCAAUCCAGUUUGCAGCUGGAAACUCCUUAGUUUGUGACAAUAUGAAUAUUGCAAGGGAUGUCGUUUAUGAUAAACAACAAGAUGUCAAAGCUGUUACUCUCGAUGGUACAAUCAUACACAGAUCUGGUUUAAUCACUGGUGGUCAAGGUGCUAGAGACACAGGAAGACGUUUCGAUCAAGCGCAAUAUGAUCAAAUGAUGCGUAGAAGAGACGAGCUUGUCAUUCAACUCAAAGCGCUUAGGGCUAGACGUCCUCAAGCGAAGCAAGAUGAAGAGCUUGUUGAGAAAGUGAAGAAAUGCGAAAAUGAGCAAAACAUAGCAAAAGAUAGCUACGAUGGUGCAGUUAGUCGACUUCAAGGUAUAUCCAAAGAGUUGGCGGCGACGGAGAGUGAUCAUGGAGCCAAAUCUAGGGAAUUUGAAGAGGUAAUGGCUUCCUAUGACAAGCUUAAGCAUCAAUUGGAUAAUGUAAUUGACACUAUUAACGAAGCUGAGGAUGGGGUAUUUGCCAGCUUCUGUGAUAAACUUGAUAUUGAAAAUAUACGCGAGUAUGAAGAUCGUGAAGGACGCGUCGCGGCUGCUGAGAGCGAAGCCAGGGUUAAGUUUGAAACACAGAUAGCUAAACUCAAUAAUCUACUUCGAUUUGAGCAGGAACAGCUCAGAACUUCGGGAUUGCGUCUCGAGCGCCUCCAAAAUAGGCUCGAAACCGAUAGACAAAACCUCGAUUUAUUGGAAAGUGAAAGAGGAGAACUUCAUCAGUCUAUCGAUGUGAUCAAAGCUAAGAUUGAUGAAUACGACUCUCUCUUGAAGGACCUGAGGGAAACUGAACAAAAUAGUGCCGAGAAUGUCGAUCAAGUUAGAAGGGUAUCUCAAAAAGCAGAGCGUGAAUAUGACGGAGCUUUGAAGGACAUCGCAAACGAUAAUGAUAAUAUUAGGAUGUUUGCUAGUGAACGUUUCUCUAUUUACAGGAAAUGCAAAGUCGAUGAAUUACCUCUGGCUCUCGUAGCUGGUAGCUUGGAAGAUGUCCCAAUUGACGCAGAUUUGAGGGAAAUUGAGCCGAUGGAUGUUGACAAUGAGGAGGAUUCGACUCAGCGUGCUGUCCAAAUUGAUGACUAUGGCAUUGAAGUCAACUUUGAUGAAGUGGAGGAUGAGGAUGAGUUGACUGAAGAAGCUGAACUAAGAUAUCAACAAGAAAUUGAGACUAUUGGUUUAGAAAUUGAGAGGAUGGCGCCGAACCUUAAAGCUAGUGAUCGUCUGAAUGAUAUGAAGAAUAAGUUGAAUGACACGGAGAAAGAGUUCGAACGCGCUCGCAAAGAGACCAAACAAGCAAGGGAUACCUUCCAAGAUACCAAGGCGUUACGUCAAGAGCUAUUCAUGAACGCCUUCAAUCAUAUUAGUAAUAGUAUUGAUUCGGUAUACAAAGAAUUGACGACCUCACGUGCCAAUCCUACGGGAGGUACAGCUUACUUAUCUCUCGAAGAUGAGGAUGAACCAUAUAACGCUGGCAUAAAAUAUCAUGCAAUGCCACCAGGUAAACCAUUUAGAGACAUGUUUCAACUUUCAGGUGGAGAGAAAACAAUGGCUGCAAUGGCACUUCUGUUUGCCAUACAAACUUACAAACCAUCGCCGUUUUUCGUACUUGAUGAAGUCGAUUCGGCACUCGACAAUCAAAACGCAGCGCAGAUUGCUAAGUAUCUCAGAAAUCACUUGAAUGAUUCUCAAUAUCUGUUUAUUACUCACUCGUCAAGAGUGUUUGAACGCGCUGAUGCCUUAGUUGGUGUGUUCAGAAAUGGUGAUAUUAACUCAAGUCAGGUCCUCACUCUUGACCUUACGCAGUAUGAUGAGUAGUAAUUGUAGUUGUAAAUUUAGCUUUCUACUAGUUUAUUUAAUACCUGUAUAUUGCAUGUCAU